AUGGCGUAUAGAAGAAAACAAUACGGAACUUCCAAGUCUUCUCCUUCGAUUUUCGAAAAUGAACCAAUUCGAAACCCUAAUCCUAUUACACCUUCUUCCUCGAAUUCGAACUCUUCUUCGAACUAUGAAGGUGUUGACACUUCUUCGUCUUCGCUUGCUGCUAAAGCUAUCAGAGCUUCUUCGGCGCGGCGUGAUUCUUCGCUCUCGUCUCUUUAUGGUCACUCCAAUCUCUCGUCUCCGCGUUCUCAUCCUACUCCAACUGUUCCUCCCUCCGUCAAGGAUUCAAGAGCUUAUGAAUAUACAUCUAUGAAGAGAUUGGAUGAGUCAAAGAAUGGAUUUUGGGGUGUUCUUGCUAGAAAAGCAAAAUCAAUUAUUGAGGAUGAUGGUUUAACACGGGAAUCUGAAACACCUGGGACACCAAGGUCACAAUUUCCUGGCGUAACAUCUAGGAGCAAGGGCCAAAAUUUGAAUCACUUAGAGGAGGGAAAUCUCAAAAGGGACAGUCCAACAAUUAUUAAGGGAUUAGGUGCAAUCACAUCCUCACUUACUCAUAUCGGUGGCACCAUUGGUAAAUCUUUCGAGGAAGGUUUUACAAUUGUAGAGAAUCGGACUUCAGAUAUCAUUCAGGAAACACGUAAACAUAUCAGGAAAAAGCCUGUAAACAUUUUAGUACAAAAUCAGGAAACAAACCAUUCUAGUACGUUGCAAGAACCCCAGAUGCGGACCCAGAAGUCGCCAAAGCAAGCAGACCAAGAACUUCAGCUGAAGGCAUCUCGCGACGUUGCAAUGGCAAUGGCUGCCAAAGCAAAACUGCUUCUUCGGGAGUUGAAGACUGUCAAAGCUGAUCUGGCAUUUGCAAAGGAUCGAUGUGCUCAACUAGAGGAAGAAAAUAAAAUCCUCCGUAUAAAUCGCGAAAGGGGAGAUACCCAAGAUGAUGAUGAUUUGGUACGACUUCAACUUGAAACUCUUCUAGCUGAGAAAGCUCGCUUGGCCCAUGAGAACUCAGUUUAUGCCCGUGAGAAUCGCUUUCUGAGGGAGGUUGUUGAAUAUCAUCAGCUUACAAUGCAGGAUGUUGUCUACUUAGACGAGAGCAAUGAGGAAGUCUCUGAAGUUAAUCCUCUUAACCUACCCCAAGUGCCUAUUAAGUCCCUUGAUUCUAUUACUCCAUCUGCAACAUCCCUAUCAUUGCCUUCAGAAGCCAAACUUGGCAUGGGUUCAGAAUUAACAAGAAGCAUUUCAUGUCCCGUAUCAGGAAAGAACGUAAAGGAUUCAACGAGUUCUGAAGUGACAAACAUCUCUUCUAUAGCUUGA